UUUAAAGGUUUGUUAUGACAUGAGAUAUUUCUGCACAGUGAUGAUCUUAUUAGCUCCAACAUGCAGAUUUAACUUUGGCCAUAGGAGUAUGUGUUAAGUGGCAGAUUUAGUAAGAAAUUCUUCUGUGGAACACGUAAAGAUGGAGUAAAAUGAUUACAUAAUGCGAGUUAAACGGGUGUGAAGCAGCUUCACUGAAGCUGAGCCUCUAGGGGAGGGAGAAGAAGAAGAAGUGGAUAUUCUUUCGCACUGGAACUGAGCAGACAUCCAUUUUGAAGUGUUGAUUGGAGUGAUUAGUGUUACCGAUACAUCUAGUCGUUGAUUUCACUGCGCUUUCAUUUCGCAGCAGCGGCGGUGUCGGAUUGUGUGUGGUAUCGAGGCUCGGUUUGUGGCUGAUGUCUCGGCGGACACGGAGCUGAUUGCAUUAGAGACGGCACAUGCUCAGUUAGCGCUGCUGAGCGCCAGCUCUGUAGGCUGGCGCGUGAACGCUGAGGUCAUCGCCUGAGCUCGGGGAGAAAAUCCUCAGCCUAGCCUCCAUUUUGAGUAGCUAGUAUGAAAUAGGCGAAUAGCAUAGUUUUGGGCCGCCGCCGCAGAACGAAAACAAACUGUAAACACAACGGAAAGAGCUUCCGCCAUGGACGACCUGUUCAGCCCGCGAAGGCAGCUGAACAGCACGCAAGGGGAGAUUAGAGUGGGUCCAAGUCAUCAGGCCAAACUCCCUGAGCUGCAGCCGCUUCCUACUCCUGGCAUAGACUCAGUGACAGAGAAAGAGGAGCUAGUCUGGACACCAGGAGUGAAUGACUGUGACCUUCUCAUGUACUUGCGUGCUGCCAGGAGCAUGGCAGCGUUUGCAGGGAUGUGUGAUGGAGGGUCAACAGAGGAUGGCUGUCUUGCAGCCUCCCGCGAUGACACCACGCUGAAUGCAUUAAACACGCUCCAUGAAAGCCAGUAUGAUGCAGCCAAAGCUCUUCAGUGCCUGGUGAAGAAACCUGUCCCUAAACUCAUAGAGAAAUGCUGGUCAGAAGAUGAAGUGAAGAGAUUCAUCAAAGGUCUCAGGCAGUAUGGCAAAAAUUUCUUCAGGAUCCACAAAGAGCUGCUCCCCAGUAAGAAAACGGGUGAGUUAAUUACCUUCUACUACUACUGGAAGAAAACUCCUGAAGCUGUAGGGUCACGACCUCAGCGUCAGCACCGUAGGCAGACUGCCUCUCGCAAGGUCAAAACUCGCAACGCCGUAGCAGCUGCCAACACCAACUCCCGCACCUCAUCUAUGGAGCUCAGUUCAGCCAGUGAGGACGAUAUGGAGAGUGAGGACAGUGAGCAGGGGGAAAAAGGACAAGCUUGCAGCCACUGUCUAACCACCAGCUCUAAAGACUGGCAUCAUGGCGGUCGUGACAAUGUCCUGUUAUGCACCACUUGCCACGCCCACUUUAGCAAGCAUAGACGGCUGCCACCUAUGCCCAAGCCAGCUGACCCACCCUACCUGUUCAAACCUGUACGAGACGAAGAUGAAGGGCUUGGUGCACGUCAGGGAAUGAAGACACGGCGCAGCAGAGCAUCAAUGUCAUCCCUGAGAAGUGGGCGGAACCGGCUAACAGGGAGCCCUGAUACAGGUCUGUCUCCCAGCAACGACGAAGUCCGAGUUAGUGGCCACGCCUCCAGAACUGGCUCCUCUGCUAUGGCAACCAGGGCAUCCAGUGCUGAUGCCAAAGCUAUGGCUGGGAAGGCUGGCAAGAAGAUAAAAGUGGAAGCAUCCUUAGUAAAAGGAAUUAAGAGACAGAGAGACACCGCUGCACCAGAUACAGAAGAACCAGAAAGAAAAACCAUGAAAAGGCCCAAGAAUCAAGAGGUUCCAGACUCCCAGUCAGAAGGAGAGGGUGAAGGUGAAAGCUCAGACAGCCGCAGUGCUAAUGAGGAUGGCAGCAGUGAUACUAAAGAUAUAGACCAGGACAACCGCAGCUCUUCCCCAAGCCUCGCCAGCCCAUUGCCAGCCAAUGAGAGUGAUUUAGACUCACCUGUUCCUCCACCUCCACCUCCAGCUGGGCCACAGAGCCAAUCACAACAACCUGUUAACACUAUAGCAGCUGCUCCUCCAGCUCCCUCUCAGACCCCACCUGCUCUACCACCUCAACCCUUACAAUCAAGUGUAUCUUCACCUGGAGUUUCUACCAUCACUACCACCAGCAGCACCACCACCACUUCACGGGUCGUCGUCCCUGUGGACAUUACCCAAGAUGAUCCAUCUGUCAUUGCUCAUAGGAGGAGUCAAAGGGGUCAGGAGGCUCCUCCCACAUCCCAGCCUCCCUCGGGGCUCUCCUCUUUCCAGGGACCAGGUCCAGGGCAGGGCCAGUCUUUCCCUCCAUCUGCCCCUCAUUAUCACCACCAUCCAAGUCAGGUUCAGAAUCAUCCAUCCAGCGCUCAUCAUCCUCAUGGAUUUGGUCCUAAGCCCCUUCAACUUCAGCGGGAUAGCCUCCAUUCUGCUCUGCCACUGACAUCUGCAUCUCAACUCAAGCCCCCACCAACUACCCCUAUCCCCUCCUCUCACAAGCCAAUUCCUGCUCCUCCACCAUUUCUGCAGAUCCACCCCAAUCUGCCUCCACCUCCAGCAUUAAAGCCUCUGGCCUCUUUACCUGCUCAGCACCCUCCCUGCUCUCAACCUCCUCCCUUGCACAUUAUGCCCCAGCCUCAUCCUCAGCCUCAACUGCCCGUGCUGACUCAGUCCCAGAACCAUCAAGGCAAAAGUCAUGUUACCAGCCUCCCUCCAGCCUCAGCCUGUCCUCACGCUUUGCUCUCCCAGAACCGUCCUAUGCCUGAAUCCACCGCUCCGUUCACUCUGUCCUCAUCUUCUGCUGCAGUCCCGGGCCCACAGCCAUCCACUUCCUCUGCACCAAGUGCACCUGCUGGGCCAGCACACGUGACCAUCAAACAGGAGCCUGUAGAUGAAGAUGAGAACUGUGAAAGCCCGCCUCCUCCUCCACGCAGGACUCCUUCACCUGAACCCACUGUGGUUAACAUCCCCAGCCAUGCAAGCCAGUCAGCCAGGUUCAUCAAACGUCUGAACAGAGGCUAUAAUUCCUGUGCUCGCACAGACCUCUACUUUACCCCUCUUGCUAACUCUAAACUAGCCAAGAAAAGGGAGGAGGCUGCUGAAAGACUCAGAAGAGAGGCAGAGCAGAGUGCCCGUCAGAGUCGAGAAAGAGAGAGGGAGCGUGAGAGGGAGAGAGAAAGGGAGCGGGAGAGAGAAAGAGAUUCAGACAAAGCUUCUCGAGCCUCCAGCUCUUCCCAUGAGGGGCGUAUGGGCGAUUUGCCAUUGGCUGGACCCAUGCCACCAGGACGCCCAUCAUUCGAGGCCCCCCCUGCGGCAGCUGUUGCCGCCGUCCCUCCAUACCUCGGGCCUGAUACGCCGGCUCUGCGUACACUCAGCGAGUAUGCACGGCCUCAUGUUCUAUCGCCCGGCAGCCAUCGUGGUGGGCACGCCUUCUUCACACCCUUGGGGCCUGCUGACCAUUUGCUGGCCUAUCACAUGCAGGGCUUAUACGCAGCUGACCCCGCACUCCGGGAGCUGCGAGAGCGUGAGAUCCGUGAGAGAAUGAAACCAGGCUUUGAGGUGAAAGCACCUGAGCUGGAGACACCUCUGCAUCCAUCCCACAAUCACAUGGAUCAUUUGGGCCGCCAUGGAGCCCUGGCUCUAGCGCACCCAUUUGGGCCAUACCACCCAGCCAUGGAGCGCAACAUGGUGCGGCCUGAGUUAACAUACGCUGAACGGUUGACUGCAGAGCGACUCCAUGCUGAGAGGAUGGCAGCAUCUGCUGUAGACCCCGUGGCCAGACUACAGAUGCUCAAUGUAACACCACACCACCACCAGCACUCACACAUCCACUCCCACCUCCAUCUGCACCAGCAGGACCCACUCAACCAGGGUUCAGGGCCCCACCCUCUGGUGGAGCCGUUGGCAGGAGGUCCCCCUCUGGCUAGGUUCCCCUACCCACCAGGUGCACUUCCCAACCCACUGCUCAGUGAGUUGCCCCAUGAACAUGACAUGCUGCGACACCCUCUCUUUGGAGCAGCAUUCCCAAGAGAUUUACCAGGACCACUGGGUCCCAUGUCAGCUGCACAUCAGCUUCAGGCCAUGCAGGCUCAGUCAGCGGAGUUACAGAGACUGGCACUGGAACAGCAGUGGCUCCAUGGGCACGCACACCUGCACGGCGCUCCUCUCCCUAGCCAAGAAGACUACUACAGCCGUCUGAAGAAAGAGGGAGACAAGCAGCCUUGAAAUAGUUGACGUACACUGUGGACUAUGGGGUGAUUUCUGUAUUCAGGGUGGUAGCUGUUCCUCUCUGCAGGAACCCUGUACAGAAUUCAGUUUAUUCCCUUUCAGCACUUAUGACUCUGCCCUACUUUGUGGUAUUGUAUGAAAUAACAACUUUUUUUCUAAGCACAUUGACCUUGUUUUUGUUGCAUGACUAUUACUUAGCCAUUUUUACUGUUAAAAAUGAACUCUAUUGUAAUAUUGUUGCUGUGCUAAAGCACUAGAUGUAUUUAGUAUUUGCAAGGUGCUGUCCAGUAUCGUGAAUAUCCACAAUACAGCUUAAAGUUUAAAACUUUAUUGAUACCUACUCUAUAAUACUGUACAUAGUAUAUGUAUCAAAUAAUAUAUUACAUGUGUAAAAGAGUGUUUUAAUGUUAGAUUUGGACUCAAAAAGACAAAAGAACCUGUGUGCAGUAAGUGCAUGCUUUAAAUACUGUAUCAUAGCUUUUCUUUAACCUCCUCUUUUUAAGGUAUAUCUUAGAGGGAACACUCUUAUCAGUAUAUAACAGUAGAGAGAGAAUAGUUUUUGGACUGUUUAUUGCAAUACAAAUGAAACUGUAUUAAUAACAAAUAAGUAAUUAAUUGACACCAUGUCAUAUAUCUCUGGAUAAAGUAUUAUGUCUAAGUAACAAUAUAAAGCUAGCUGUGACCACUAGUGGAGUGUCAUUAUUUGUGCUCAAAUGGACAUCAGUUAGAGCUAUUAACCACAUUACUCGAAAACUACUGAUGUGAAAACUUUUUCUUUACGCAACAGCCAAAAACACAGUAUUUUCUACAAUAAACCAGUGAAUACUGAAAGUAA